CUGAUGGUCGAGUCCAGUCACGCUGUGAUCUCGAUAAUGUAGUCUGAUUUCGGGAGGACGUAGGAGGCGAAGGAGUGCGGGGCUUGCAGUGCCAGAUACGCGAGCGCUGUCGCUCAGUCCCUGCGCAGUCUAUGGGUCCUGGGGUGCAAGUUGAGGGCAUACGUUUGGCAAACGUGACGGAGCGGGAUUGUCAAACACGUGAGCUGCGUUCGCUUGUGGCGGCCAACUGUUGGAGUGCUCGCAGACGCCUCACCAACUUCUUGUGAAGAAUUCCGAGGAAGUGGCGAGAUGGCGAGUUGUCAGAUCGUGGUCUGAGAUCUGACGUCUAGAAGACGCUCAUGUUUCAGGACGAGGAAGUCGUUUUGUGGUUUCUGAUAAUUUGCAGUCUGGGUGGAAGCUUAACAUAAGGAAUUACAUGGAUCAGGCGUGAUGCCCGGGCUUGGUUUCAGAAGGACGUGACGUUUAUUCAUUAUUUUUCAGAUUUUGCAACUGCUGUCUGAGGUUCUGCGGUAGGUCAUUUUAGAGCCUGAGACAGGGAGAUAUCAAGUCAUGGACAACAGAGAUCAGCCUGGCUGGUGUUUGGUCACAGAGGACCAGUUAGAAACAGAACAAUUUCUGGUUUGGGUCCGUUUAAACCAGUGUAAUGCACCCUCGACAGCCAGAGAUCGCUUCCAAUAUUUCCAGCUGCAAUGACAUCCAGGAGCUGGACUGCUUCUCUUGACCGAGUUUCGAAACAUUAGCUCGCUCUAAAUCACAGCUGCAAUGGAACUGGAGCUUAAGAAGCUGUGUUCGUCUUUAGGAAUGUGUAUUAAGAAUUGGAAGGUAGAUGGAGACCAGGCUAACAGACGAUACAUUCUCCUGGGCACCUUUGCUGUAUUUUUGCUGGGAAGUCUUUGGCUAGUCACUUUGGAAAGCCGCGACCCAUACCUGAUGAGUAUGCCAUGGUCAGACUUCUUUCCUUACGGCACUCCGACAAUAGCUGAAAAUCCGAUGACAAACUCAACUGAGGAGCCAGUAAUCAAGGCAACUUAUCUGAAAGGGAAGAAGGCAGUGGAGCAGUUUCGAAAUCAUCUUGCUUGUUUCAGUGAGUCAGGAAAGUGGGUCUAUGACACCACACCACGGCACAUGCCAUGGAACUCUAUCGGAGAUACUUAUGCUUCGGGAUGCGAUAGUCGGCAUCAGUGGACAGGCCCAGGUCAUGUCUCUGGCGAUCAGGCCGAAGCUAUAGCAAUGGAAGGCGACCCGAAAGACUGGUUGGUUCGUGAGGAGUUGAAAUGGGUGUGGCGGACAAAUAGCAGCUGUACUUUCUGGCCAGUCGACCGUGAUGACUUCUGCAAAAGGAUAGGACCAAAGAGGAACGUGAUGGUGGUAGGGGAUUCUAUAAACCACGAGAUUGCCUGGUCCUUCAUGAACCACCUGGUGCUGAGCGGACAAGGAUACGGUCACAUGAGCUCCGGAGACCGCAGUAACGAUGGAGUGUACGAGAUGUGCGGGGACAUCUUUGGGGCGGGAAAUGGUUUCAAGGUAGCAUUCGUGCGCAACGACCGUCUUUCACCCGUGGCCAACAUCAGCGUGGACACAUGGAGAAACUUCUACGAGUGGCCGUGGCUGGAUCUGUUGAAAGAGUACGACGUGAGGCUUCUGCUGUUGAACAGGGGGGCACAUUACGAGGACGACAAGACUUUCGUGAGAGCUCUCAGACUCAUCUUUACCAUCCUUUCCGAGCACUUCCCUCACAUGCAGGUCAUCUUCCGCAACACUCCUCCGGGGCAUGCUAACUGCUCGUUUUAUCAUGAACCUCUAUCGGAGCGGCAACAUAGCGACCUUCCUCAUGGCUACCACUGGGAGGACUUCUACCGACAGAACAAGCUUGCAGCCGAGAUUGUGAAGGAAUUUCAGUACAUGUACAUGGAUGUUGACACAAUGCUGAGCUUACGACCAGAGGGACACAUUACGGACACUGAUUGUCUUCACUACUGCCUGCCUGGGCCACUAGACCUUGCCGUCCAAUACCUUUAUAAUAUACUUCUGCUUUUGUAAAGAAAGCUCCUCGUCACCUUUUCCUCCAGAUGUGCAUAUGAUGGUGUCAGACCGAGGAGCCGAUGUUGAACUUGUAGCUGCAAUUCAACACCCUCGCGGAUGAAAACGUACAUUUACGAAAUGUUUCUCCCCUAGAAUCUAAAGUGGAAUAGUCGCCUUUUUGAAGAGACGAGUGAAGGGCUUUGUGCAUGUAAAGUAGAACAUUUGGAUCUCCUCCACACAAAAAUGUUGUAAGAUGCAGUACAGUUAGUUUGUACAGUACUGGGGGGCUGACAUUACGAAAGUUUGGAUUAUGUAGACUGGGAGCUUCUCCGCUAUUUCAGCUGGAGGUCAGAUUGAAACGCCAACACCUGAGGUUGACUUACUUCUGGUUGUCAAAACACUCUGUAAUCCUCCGCUUGAGUACUCCUUAGCGAAGUGAUGGAUACGGAGGGGGAAGAAGUCGACUGGACAGAAUUUUCAUGCUGUGGUAACAUUGAAGAUCGAUCAAUAUAAAGAGCUAAAUUGCUCCUGCUUAAACUC